AUGAUCACGCAAAAGACCCAUUCUAUUCAUCCAGGCAAUACAAUACCGACGACAAGAGAGAAUGUGCAGUCGUCGUCAUCUGGUUCAUCGACGCACUCGGACUGGAAAGCAGUAGGUAGUCCACCAAGACAAGGCGCAAGUGGAGUUCAAGGUGGGAUGCUUCAACAGCAACAACCAAACAAUAUUGGUCUUUCAUCCAACAAUACAACUGCGGCAACAGCAACACCGGAUCACCACCACACAUCGAUGAGCUGGCUGCAACAGGAUUAUGCUUUCCCACCCGUAAGACGAAACUCAGCAGUAAGCUCCUCCGCAUCUACUGCUGCUGCACCACCAUGGGCCAAUGCAAUGACACUACCGACCCCUUCUUCCUCCAUCUCUACUUCAUCGGGUGCCGCCGCUCUAUUCGAUCAUCAUCAUCAUCAUCAUCAUCGACGAAGGUCUUCCAUUGCCACUCCCAAUGAUUAUCCUGAUAUCGCAUCCGUUCCCAUGUUACCUGAAGUAUCCACCGAACCUUAUUUUCGAGAGUACAGAAGCAUGUCUUUCUCAAUUGAUGCAUCCAAUGAUCGAGAUGAGAUCCCACCACCACAUCAUCAACAUCAUCCAAGAUUCCCUUCCCAUCAGCAACUAGGAACCAUGCAUGAAGAAGAGGAUGAUAUCGAGGAUGAGGAAUUAUUGAUGAGUGCUGCAAUGGAUGAUGAAAUGCUAGCACAAGCACAAUUACGAGCAAGAUCCAAAUCAUCAGCUGCUGCUUUCAACAUUUGGCAUCCUUCCCAUGCUACAGAAGAUACUCGUUCAUGGAUGAGAUUCACUCAAAGACGUUCCUCAGUCGCUCAUGCCGCUCCCACUCCUUCUUAUCAUCCUUCCAUCUACUCUCCUUUGCCUGCUCCCUCCUCUUCCCUCUUAUCAAAUGGUGAUCGAGAACGUCUUGCUGGUUUACGUCGCUUUUCUUUGUCACCUAUGCCUGAAGGCCGCUUACAACAAUCUCCUAUCAUACCCACCACAGAUCCAAGUGCACUUGCAUAUCUUGGUCAACGCCGUCAUUCACUCGCCACUCCCUUACCACAAAGCCAUACCAACUCCUCAGCAACAACACCCAACAUUGAUAGCCUAUUGGAAGGCAUGCAAGCACUACGAACACAUGACAACAACCCUGCUACGUCUUUGCCAAUCCCAACACCAGAUGAUCUUUCAACUCAAUUUCCACCAGAAAACAUGGGUAAAGGUUCACUUUUAUCGGACAUUGGCGAGGAUGCACUAUUUUGCGUGGUCGAAUUCAAGCGGGGUCGAUCCGAUAUGUACUUUACGACAAUGACGGGUGAUGCUGCUCCUGCAAGGAAUGAUUUUGUGAUUGUGGAAGCGGAUCGUGGUCAUGACCUCGGCAAGGUGACAUUGGAUCGUAUCAGUCGUUCACAACUGAGUGCUAUGAUUAAGCAACAACAAGAGAAUAGCGAUGAUGGCAACAACACCACAAGCGGCAGCAGCAGUAACAACAACAAAAAGAAUGAUGUUCAUGUCAAACGAAUAUUACGUCGUGCAACAUCAGCCGAGAUUGCAGUCUUGAUGAGCAAGAGCCAAGAUGAAGCUAAAGCCCUCCUUGUCUGCCAAAGCAAAAUCAAACAAAAGCAAAUGCCCAUGCAAGUGGUGGAUGCUGAAUAUCAAUGGGACAAACGCAAGUUGACCUUUUACUUUGUGGCGGAACGACGUGUCGAUUUCCGAGAACUCGUUAGAGAUUUGUUCAAGUUAUACAAGACGCGCAUUUGGAUGUAA